AUGGGUGCCAUGGAGGAGGGGAUCGCAGCUCCGGGGAACAAGCACAGUGACGAGCCUCCGCCAUCAACAAUUGAAGGCCCCCAGACGGCGGACAGCCCAAAAUGUGGCGCAGCGAGCUCCACUCAAUCUGGCUGCUGGAAAAGGCUGAAUUUCCUGAAGCUUUGCGUGUUCCUCCCCGUGUGCAACGGCAUCAUUAACGGCAUGCUCUGGUCCGCGAACUCGCUGCACUUCCAAGAACAAGGAUGGCCUCUUGAGCGCCUGGGUCUCUACGGCCUACUUUCCUCGGUCCUCAGACUGGUCAUGACACAGUUGACCAGCCGCUUCGGCCCCUGGUUUUCCCUGAUGAUCAACAUCAUACACCUUGCCUGCCUGGUGCCGGUCAUGAUCAGCGACCAAGAGGAGUGGCGUGUGACGAUGCAGUUUGUUGUCCAAGUUUCUUUGGAUGCGAUUCUGGCCAACGAUGCCUUCGUGUUCUUCCAUUUCUCGGAAUCAGAGAGCGAAGCUGCAUAUGCAACCUCUGCACAACUGCAAAGCUAUGUGCUGGGCUACGCCAGUGCCUCAACGAUUGGCGGGAUCAUCUAUGAUCUUGCGAGGUGGCCCGGACUGGCCACCACCCACCUCAUCCUACAAGCGAGUGUAUGUGGGGUGCUUCUGAUUGAACCAUGUGUUCACCGCAGCAUUAAAGACCUAUGCCGCCGAAAGGAGGAUAAAGAGGAGGCUAUGAAUGCAGUGUUGCCCGUAUCCAUUUGCGUCCCGGAAGCAGUGGAGCCAGCACCCGUUGCAGCAAACCUUCCUGGAAUGGUCGACACUUCGCAAGAUCAUCCACAGGAUGAUGGUUUUCGCAACCGGUCCCGGUUCUCCUCUGACAACAGUACCAUCUCUGUGAGCUCCAGCAAGAAGGAUGCGAAUGCUGCCCAGAAAUCAGAGCAUGCACAGUUGCCUUCCGACUCCAAUGUGUUCGACCCCUCGACGGCUGUGGUCACAUCUUCCCAAGUUGAUAAAGGCCGUGGCGCCACGGCCAAGAGGCCACGCUUCGACACCGACCAAAGCGACGCCAGCCAAGCUUCGCACACCUCGCAGGCACGUCUCUCCAUGCUGUUGGCAGAGACCAGGCCACCAAACCGCAAUUCACUCGUGCUCAUCCCAGUACAGACGCAGAAGGGCAAACUGCACAGAGAUCUUUGGUUUCCAGCCUUCCUAUUGGCCACAUUUAGCUUCAUGUACAACUGUGCAUACGUUGGCGAGUGGGCUCUUUUCGCCAUCUACUUCAAAGAGCAGCACAACUGGGACUCGGCAACUUGGGCAGGCGUGGCACAGUCCUCUGGUGACAUUCUUGCCGCAGUAAUCCUGCAGAUUCUUGCGCGGGUUGCACCCCCUUCCACGGAAAAGGAGGAAGCGGGCUUCAAAGCAGGGGGUGCCAAGAAAUUAUGGUAUGCGAUUUCGUCGAAGCCCUACAAUGCGGUUUGGUGCUGCCUGUGGUGGGUCCUCCUUUCUGCCGGAAUGACCGUCCCAAAUUUGCCUGUGGUGGUACUCUCCCAGGUCCUCAUGGGAACGUUGUAUGUGAUUAGCAUGCAGACCACCACUCGACUCAACACGUUCUACUCCUUGGGCGAUCCCGACGUCUUUCUCAAGCUGCAGCUCGUUAAACUGAACUCCGAAGCUGUGGGCAACGCCAUCGCUGUCGUCACAGCCAUGGUUCUCUAUGAGAGAGUCCACCCCAACGCACCGUUCUACGUCAGCGCUGGCAUGGGCAU